AUGUGUACCAUAGUUGUUAAAGCUUUCAAAGACAUUCCAGCUGUACCUGUAAUGCACACCCUUUGUACACAUGACCAAAAUGGUAUAGAUAUUGUAUUUUGCAUACAACUAAUUACUGCUGCAUCAUCCAUGCACAACAUCAGUGAGAGUUAUGCUUCUGUGAUGCCCAACUGGCUCACAAAGGCAUUUUUUAAUCCUGAAUUUGAGAGACAUAGAAUCAACAUUCAUCAAUACUGUGACAGUGACAAUGUGCAAACAAUGCACAAAAUAGACGAUUUGCACCUAUUAAAUUUUGUAGAACUGUGA